AUGAGCCCGAGGCGGACAGGGGGUGGCGGAAGGCAGCGUUCUGGAAGGGCCCACGCCUGUGCCCGGGCGGCCAAUGCUUCGCCACUCGUCUACCGCAUAACAAGUACAGACACCAAGAGGAAGCUCGCAGACACUGAUAGUUUGGGACUCGCCAGCCCAAGUGAUGUGAGGCACCGAGAACCACCCCCCUCUCCCCAACCCCAGCAUAGAGAGUGUAAGAUCUGUGCAGCAGCGGAUGUCACAGCAGCCCUGGGGGGGCUGCACGAGGGCGCUGACCAGGCCAACAGGAGCCCAGGCCCGCCCAGGGACACAGGGACUCGCCGGGCCCAAGCUGCUAGAAUCCCUGCCCUGCACCAACGAGGCAUAAAACCAGGAGUGACUGGAGCCAGCCCCGUGGUGGAGAGACUCACCGGCAGCAAAGAGGAUGUGGGGUGCCCCAGCAUCCUGCUGAAAGGAAAGGGCGUGCUGCCCCUCUUUAUCCGCUCCUCCCUGGAGCUGGAGGCCCCAUCUGUGCUCUGUCACACCUUCGACAUCUGCUGUCACCCACUCCUGUUGACCGUCAUCACGAUGAAGCAGUGGCCCAAGCUGAGCCCGCCCGCUAAGACUCAAUAUCUCACCCGGCGGCCCCGCCCAGUCGUCCGCUCGGAGCUGGCCCCGCCCACGCCCGCCCGCCGGCCGGCCAAUGGGCGCGCAGAUAACACGCUGCUUCACCUCUUCGCCGGCGGGUGUGGGGGCACAGUGGGUGCUAUUUUCACUUGUCCACUAGAAGUCAUUAAGACGAGGUUGCAGUCUUCGAGAUUAGCUCUCCGUACAGUCUACUAUCCUCAGGUUCAUCUGGGGACCAUCAGUGGAGCUGGAAUGGUGAGACCAACGUCCGUGACACCUGGGCUCUUACAGGUUCUGAAGUCAAUCUUGGAGAAGGAGGGACCAAAGUCGCUUUUUAGAGGCUUGGGUCCAAAUUUGGUUGGAGUUGCACCAUCAAGGGCUGUGUACUUUGCAUGUUACUCCAAAGCCAAAGAGCAAUUUAAUGGCAUUUUCGUGCCUAACAGCAAUAUUGUGCAUAUUUUCUCGGCUGGCUCUGCAGCUUUUAUCACAAAUUCCUUAAUGAAUCCUAUAUGGAUGGUUAAAACCCGGAUGCAGCUAGAACGGAAAGUGAGGGGCUCCAAGCAGAUGAAUACACUCCAGUGUGCUCGUCAUGUGUACCAGACAGAAGGCAUUCGCGGCUUCUAUAGAGGAUUAACUGCCUCGUAUGCUGGGAUUUCAGAAACUAUAAUCUGUUUUGCUAUUUAUGAAAGUUUAAAGAAGUAUCUGAAAGGAGCUCCAUUAGCCUCUUCUGCAAACGGGACUGAGAAAAAUUCUACAAAUUUUCUUGGACUUAUGGCAGCUGCUGCUGUUUCUAAGGGAUGUGCCUCCUGUAUUGCUUAUCCACAUGAAGUCAUAAGGACUCGGCUCCGGGAGGAGGGCACCAAAUACAAGUCUUUCAUCCAGACGGCGCGCCUGGUGUUCCGGGAGGAAGGCUACCUCGCCUUUUACAGAGGACUCUUUGCACAGCUCAUCCGGCAGAUCCCAAAUACUGCCAUUGUGUUAUCCACCUAUGAGUUAAUUGUGUACCUGUUAGAAGACCAUACUCAGUAACAGGCCAGAAAAUUGUGCUCUAGAAGAAUAAAACUGAAAAACUCUAUAGAGAAUUUUUUUUUUCCAUUGAUGUUUAGAAUGUUUGAGACUGAAACAGGGAGGGCCAUAAAAUAUCUGGCUCAUAUCUGUUGGACAUUUCCUUUUGGAUUCAUGCUUUCUGGAAGGUUCAAAUUCAUUAACGUUAAUAGUUAAUUAUAACCUUUUUUUUUUUUUUAACUUAAGAGGAUUCAAGAUAAAGCAGCAACUAAAUUAAAUCAUGCUAUUUAAGUAUA